UCGUAAACAGUCCCCACCACUGCCCCGUCGUUGUUCUUGCAAUAAAAAUCUCCUUCACCACCGCCACGACUACACUUGACAAGAUGUAGAGCACCACAAAUGCGACACCCAGAAGCCCAGCAGCACGAAAACCACUACAUUCGCUGGUUUCUUCAACAACAUGGCUUGUGGAGUUGUUUCCAUGACGAUCAUACCUCUAAAUUCCAGUUCGAGUUACAGUUCCUGCUUAUCAUAUGUUCGGAGGCGUCCUCUGACCCACAAUCUUCCCUCUGAAAAUUCCAGAGUUCACUGCUCAAAGUUUAGCCGAGAUUUGUCUCUAACCACUGAGAAACUUGGAAAUGGUGAUGCUAUGACUGGAGGAGCGUUUGAUUUUAGAAAAGCAACAACAUCGCUUACUGAAAGGUCAAUCUCUACAUCAAAGAAGGUAACUCUUGUAAGGCAUGGUCUUAGCACUUGGAACGAAGAGAGUAGAGUUCAGGGAAGCUCGGACUUAUCUCUCUUAACACAAACUGGGGUGCAGCAAGCAGAAAAAUGCAGAAGAGCCUUGGCAAACAUAAAUUUCGAUAGAUGUUUUGCAAGUCCGAUAUCACGUGCCAAGUCAACUGCUGAAGUACUAUGGCAAGGAAGGGAAGAAGAACUGAUCUUUCUUGAUUCUCUGAAGGAAGCCCAUCUGUUUUUUCUUGAAGGCAUGAAAAAUGUGGAUGCUAAGAAGAUUUAUCCAAAGGAGUACACUACAUGGCGAGAAGAUCCUGCUAGAUUUUGCGUAAAUGGUGUCUACCCUCUUCGAAAAAUUUGGAGUACAGCAAGAGAGGCUUGGAGGGAAAUCUUGUUAUCACCUGGAGAGAACUUUUUGGUUGUCACUCACAAGUCUAUAUUACGGGCACUCGUCUGCACAGCCUUGGGGCUUGGCCCUGAGAGGUUCCGAGCAAUCGAGAUAAACAAUGGCGGGAUAUCGGUGUUCAAGUUCAACGAAAGAGGAGAGGCAAUGCUUCAAUCUUUGAAUAUGACAGCACACAUGUAUAGCGAUCACACCUAUUUUUACUGAAACUAGGAAGUAUGUAGAAAUGAGAAUCAUAAUAUAUUUUUUGUGAAGAUGAUUAUUUACAUGAAAAUGAAAUCUCGGGCUUGGUUUUAUGAACGAUAUGGGGCUUCAAUAAAAGGAAUUGUGUUUGGAAUU